AUGGUAAAACUUCGUUUGAAACGAUGUGGUAGAAGGCAACGAGCCACCUAUCGAAUCAUUGCAAUUGAUGUCAGAUCCCGAAGAGAGGGAAGAGAUCUUCGGAAAGUAGGCUUUUACGACCCGAUAAAGAAUCAAACUUAUUUAAAUGUUCCUGCUAUUCUAUAUUUCCUUGAAAAAGGAGCUCAACCCACGGGAACUGUUCAUGAUAUUUCAAAAAAGGCAGAGGUAUUUAAGGAACUUCGAGUUAAUCAAACAAAAUGA